AUGGCAGCCCAGGCUCGGACCCCUCGGUCACGGUCACGAAUCUUGGGCUGCUCUUCCGUGCUGCGCUUUCUACGAAGCCUGGUCGGGAGCAAAGGGAGUUCUAACAAGUCCCUGGCCAGGAGCGGGCCCAGCCCCUCACAAGAACAGAAGGUUGUCUCCCCAAGGAUUGGUCCCCGGGGAGGUCGUUGGAGGAGGGCGCCACGGCUACACGCAGUGGUACCCAGGGUCCUCUCUGGAGCCCCCUCAAACGUGCCGCUUCAUGAUGCCUUUGGGCUGGGCACUGGGGAUAUGGGGUCCCAGACCCUCACCUCCAAGGAUACCCUGAAGCUCCGGGCCCAGGGUGUACAGGUGACAUCAGUCCCCACCAGAGAAAUCACGGAGGUUCUGGGGCACCUGUCUGAGAAGAAAGGAGAGGAGAAAGAGACAGCAGGGGAGACCUCUGGGGCCUCAGACAGGGAGCACUUUGCUCAGGCCCUGGAGGAAGAACAAGGAUGCCAGCAAUGGGUUCCGGGACCACCGGCACUCGCCCCUGGGGCAUUGGUCAAAGAGGAAGAGGAGGGGCCCUGCCUAAUUGAGAUAGGAGACCUCAGGAUGACCUCCUGCAAGGUGGGGUCCACCCCAUGGAAUUAUCUCCUUGGCUUAUACAAACAACUGCAGAAAUCAGCCAUGGCCAAGGCUCAGAGACCAGGGGUGCCUCAGUUUCCUCCCAAGGACGGCUUGUCCCAUGAGGAGAAAGGGGAGCGAGAGGAAGCGGAAGAGGACAGCUACCUCAAGCUGUGUGCCCCGUGCGUUACUGCCACCUCCCAGUCUCAGCUGCAGAUGAUGUUUAGGGCCACGGAUACAGUGGGUUUCGUGGAGUCAGAGCUAAAGAAGAUUCUGGCAGUACGACGGGAGUCCCGCCUCUGGAAGGUGGGCAACCCGGAGGGCCGGGAGCUGCUCACCCAGCCAGACAUCACGCUGGAGGAGGCUGGUAUGGUAGACGGCCAGCACCUGCUCCUGGAGGAGAUGGAUGAGAUGGGAAACUGGCCUCCUCCAGAGUGA